UGCAUCCCUUCCCAAAGGCUGCUCUCCGGAGGGCGGGACGCGCCCAUGUGACUGACCGACCGGGCGGGUGCGCAGGUCGGCGGGCAGGAAGAACGACUGCCCCCUGCGUAGCGGCGGCCUACCCGGGCCCAGUGGCGGCGGCUCUGUUGUUGAGUUUGUCGCUACCGGGCCCGGGCAGGCGAGGAGGGGUAGAGAGGGAGGCUGCCUCUCCAUGGGGAGGCCGGGCAGUCCCCCGCAGGCCGAGACUCGCUGCCCGCUGUGGGCGCUGCCGGAGGAACUGCUGCUGCUCAUCUGCUCGUACCUGGACGCGCGGGCCUUGGGCCGCUUGGGCCAGACCUGCCGCCGCCUUUGCCGCUUCACCUCCCGGGAUGUGCUCUGGAGGCGCUUCGCCCGUUCCUGCCUCAAUGCAGGCUUCAGCGCGCUCGGCGCCGACCUAGUGGUUGGCAUCCCGGUGAAGGAGAGGGUAAAGGUUUCUCAGAACUGGAGGCAUGGACGCUGUCGGAGAAUCCCACUCCUCAGAUGGAAACGCAAUUUAAUGCCUUGGAUGCAAUUAGAUGGCAGCUACCUCUACCUGUCCCAGGCAGAAGACAUCCAUGUAUAUUGGCUCCAUUCCAGUGGUACCAGCUUGCAACGCAGUCCUCAGACAGUAUUUUCUGGCCAUCAAGAGGAUGUGUGCCGCUUUGUGAUUGCUAAUGGCCAUGUUGUCAGUGGAGGAGGAGACGGUGUUAUUGCUCUUCAUAAACUCAAUGGCUCCUUAAGCUUCAAGUUCCUGGGGCAUGAACAGGAAGUAAACUGUGUGGACUAUCAAGGAGGCAUUGUUGUCAGUGGUUCGCGAGAUAGAACAGCAAAGGUUUGGACCCUGUCACCAGGUAGAGCUGGGCAGUGUCUGCACACAAUACAGACUGAAGAUCGGGUUUGGUCCAUUGCCAUUAGUCCAUUAUCAAGUUCAUUUGUGACCGGAACAGCAUGCUGUGGACAUACCUCACCCUUGAGAAUCUGGGAUUUUGCAAGUGGACAGCUGGUCACUUGCCUUGGAACAGAUUUUCAUCGAGGAGCUGGAGUCCUGGAUGUUUUCUAUGAAACACCUUUCACCUUGCUGUCUUGUGGUUAUGAUACCUAUAUCCGAUACUGGGACUUAAGGACAAGCACAAGGGAAUGUGUCAAGAAAUGGGAAGAGCCACAUGACAGUGCUCUGUACUGCAUUAGGAGUGAUGGAAAUCACAUGGUUGCCAGUGGCUCUUCUUACUAUGGUGUGGUCCGUCUCUGGGAUAAACGGCAAACCAGGUGCUUGCAGAAUUUCUCCCUGUCAUCACCUGUAAGCAGUCCUGUGUAUUGCCUACGCUUCAGCACCACUCAUCUAUAUGCUACCUUGGCAUCUGCACUGUAUGCUCUUGAUUUCACCACAUCUUGACAGUUGGCUUGGAUUGCAGCUGUGCUACCUAGCUCAAGAAAUAUCAAGAAGAAAUAACGUCCUUGAGAUAAGUAGCAGCCUGAAAGUCACAAAGUGCUAAGAACUACCCCAUCUAGAAGAAUUCAUCAUCCUUCUGGUUCCAGUUAAAGCCAGUGUUUGAUUCCAACUCUUCAUUUUGGGGUUCUGUGUUACCUUUUCAAUUUCUGUGAAGGCAUAAUUCCAUAAACUUGAGAAGAUCUGUAUUCCUUUUCAAUACUACUGUAGAUUCUGUUUUGGCCCCUACAUGCAGCAAAUCCAACUGUGUUGGAUGUGGUUUAGGAGCAAGUGGCUGUACCUGGGACAGGGAAGCGUGGAAUAGCCUUUUACUUCAGCUUUACUGAUGCUUAUCACUGCCUUACAAAUGAAUGUUGGACAGAAGAUGGCAGUUUCAGCUGAAUCUGUGCAAGUUGUACCAAAUUGUACAAUUGGGAUCUGGCAACAUACAAAGAGUCCUUCACUGGACAGCUACUGACAGAUCAAUGUGCUGAAUAAAAUUUUGAACAGGGAUGUAUGAUGCCUGUGGUGUCAGUCCCCUCAAAUUCAAAAUCA